ACGAAGUCAGGUUGUGAGCUGCUGGUUGUCCGGGGCUGCAGGUUGUAACGACACAUCGAUAAACACACAGAGUCACUCGCCUGUUCCCGGGUUACAGCGAGGCGAUGCCUUCCCUCCUCCUGCUGCUGCUGCUGUUACUGCUGCGUGCGGUGCAGGCUUCGCUCGCCAGCAAUGGGACCUCGGUGGGGACAGAGUUGCUGCCAGGAGCUGGCCUCUCACCUCUGCAUCGGCCGGAGCUCCAGUCAAGCCGGUCACCCGCAGAAAUGCAGACCCCCGAGGGUCACCACGGACGCGACACUGUGGGCUUCGAGAUAGUGAACUGGCAAUGGGUUCAUGUUCAAGGACCCUAUCUGAUUGCUGUGUGGAUUCUGGUUGCCAGCCUGGCUAAAAUCUUGUUCCACCUCUCCAGUAAGGUGACAACUGUGGUACCCGAAAGCUGUUUGCUGAUCUUUCUUGGUUUAGGCCUUGGUGGGAUAGUCCUCGCAGCUGCCAAGAAACCAGAGUACCAGCUGGACCCAGACACCUUCUUCCUCUUUCUUCUCCCACCCAUUGUGCUCGACUCAGGAUACUUCAUGCCCAGCAGGCUCUUCUUUGACAACUUUGGUGCAAUUCUGAUGUAUGCAGCAAUUGGCACCCUCUGGAAUUCAUUCACAACUGGAAUAGCACUUUGGGGCAUCAAGCUUGCUGGGCUGAUGGAUCCUAAAGUGGAAGCAGAUUUGCUUGAUUUCCUGCUUUUUGGCAGUCUAAUAUCUGCUGUGGACCCCGUGGCAGUAAUAGCUGUGUUUGAGGAAGUCCAUGUUAAUGAAACUCUGUUCAUCAUUGUAUUUGGAGAGUCGCUCCUUAACGAUGCUGUAACUGUUGUGCUGUAUAAAGUGUUUAACUCUUUUGCGGCAAUUGGCUCAGAAAAUAUACAAGCUUUAGAUUAUGUCAAGGGUGUAGGUUCAAUCUUCGUGGUGAGUUUGGGUGGAACUGCAGUAGGAAUUGUUUUUGCCUUUGUGCUAGCCCUUAUCAGCCGCUUCACCAAGCGAGUCCGCAUUAUUGAGCCACUCUUUGUCUUCCUGAUUGUUUACCUGGCCCAUCUCACAGCCGAAAUGGUCUCUCUCUCCUCUAUCUUGGCGGUCACCUUCUGUGGUCUGUGUUGCAAAAAGUAUGUGGAAGCUAACAUUUCACAGAAAUCUCGCACAACUGUCAAGUACACGAUGAAGACUUUAGCCAGCAGUUCAGAAACAAUCAUCUUCAUGCUGUUGGGAAUCUCUGCCGUUGACACCUCCAAGUGGACCUGGGACACAGGUUUAGUGCUCUUCACACUUCUCUUCAUAUUUGUCUUCAGAGCAAUAGGGGUAAUCCUGCAGAGUUGGAUUCUAAAUCAUUUCCGGCUGGUCCCAUUGGACAGAAUUGACCAGGUGGUUAUGACAUAUGGUGGUUUACGUGGUGCAGUCGCAUUUGCCCUGGUGAUCCUUCUCAAUGAUCAGACUGUUAAGGCAAAGGACUACUUUGUUGCAACGACAAUCACUGUGAUAUUUUUCACUGUGAUAAUUCAGGGUUUGACCAUUAAACCGCUUGUUAAAUGGUUGAAGGUAAAGCGAAGUGAUCAUCACAAGCCCACACUUAAUGAAGAGUUGCACGAACGUGCUUUUGACCACAUUCUGGCAGCCGUAGAAGACAUUGUAGGUCACCAUGGUUACCAUUAUUGGAGAGACAAGUGGGAGCACUUUGACAAGAAGUACCUGAGCCAACUACUGAUGCGCAAGUCCGCCUAUAGGAUUAAGGAUGAUAUUUGGGACCUAUACCAGAAGCUCAAUGUCCGUGAUGCUAUCAGCUUUGCUGAUCAGGGAGGUCACAUGUCAUCAGGAAAAUUCACAUUUGCGUCGAUGCCAAGUAGAACGUCAUUCUCUGAAACAUCUGUAACAAACCUCCUGAGGGAGAGUGGAAGUGCCGUGUGUCUAGAUUUACAAGUGAUUGACACAGUGAGGAGUGGCAGAGAUCGGGAAGACACAGUUAUGCACCAUGUCUUAAGAGAGAACCUGUACAAGCCAAGGAGAAGGUAUCAGGGAAAUUAUAGCCGGCACUUCAUCACUCAAGGUGAACAAGAAAGGCAAGAAAGGGAGGUUUUCCAGAGAAACAUGAGAAGUCGCCUCGAAUCAUUUAAAUCCACUAAACAUAAUGUAUAUUCUUCAAAGAACAAAUGCAGGCAUAAGAAAGAGCACAAAUGUCAGAAAAGGAGAAAUGUUGAAGGUAUAAAUGGUCAAGUACCUAAUGAUAAAUUACGGCGAAAUGUCAGCUGGCAUGACACAGUGCCAGUUUUUGUAGAAGUCGACUCGGAAGAUGAAGAGAAGGAUAAAUUUACGAAGAUGAAAGAACAGGAGGAUGAUGAAGGCAUCACUUUUAUGGCAAGAACAGUGAAUGAGAAUUUACAAGAAAGAAAAAUUUCAGGUAAUGUGGAAUACCCUCAAAGCCCAAGCAUAUUCCCACCAUCUCCUACUUCUGCUGAAAAAGAGCUUCCCUGGAAAGGUAAUCAGGGCGAGCUUACAGCCUGCGUGUCUUCAGAAACCAACAAGAUUGUGCCGAUUGAUUUGCAGUAUGCUUGGAAGCAAAGUAUGGACAGCUUGGUCUCACCAACUGUAUCCGAUGCAGUGCCAAAGACCUCAAACUUUAUGCUGGCGGAACGCACAACAUCGGCUGUCCUGCUAGUGCCACGGCAUCCCAUCCAUUUCCAGUUUCCUGAAGCUUGUACAGCUGCUGAAAAAAGCACUGAUGAGGACACCAUGGAGUCAAUUCAGCAGCAGGAGCUGCAGCCCCUUAUGUCUGCUGAAGGCGAUAGCAGACAAGUCCCAGCUGCUGGCUUAGUGAGUACCAGGUGGCCAGCACCAUUUCACAGACCGUCUUAUGUUUCAGCUUUGAGAUCUUUGGUUGCCUCAACGCAAUGUAACAUGAAACAAUCUGAGAAGUCUGGUAAUGUACAGACAAACCUCUAAUUUAAAUUAAUUUAAAAAACAUGAAUUAAGAGCCAAUGAUAUAAUAGUUUUGUAAGUCACUUGAUUUUACAUUAUGAAAAUGUCAGAAAAUCUUAAUUAUAUAGUACUUUCUAGAGAAUUGUAAUUGGUUAUGUUUAGCAAAGAAAUGUGUACAGUAUUCUGUUCUACUUGUGUGAUUCACAUUGUUUCCAACAUUACUAAGUACUGUAAAUUAAAAUGUUCGAUAUAAUCACUGCUAAAGUUGAAAUGUUGAGAAUUCCUUCGCGGGGUUGCCUUGAAAGCAUUCUUAAUGUGGGCAGCCAAGAGCAUGAAUUGUCAGAUAAAAAGACAGUGACAGGGUGGAGUAAGCAAGAAAAACAAUGACUAACCAUUUAAUGAGUAUAAGAAGGAAAAGUACUAUAGAUGCUGGAAAUCUGAAAUAAAAACAGUAAGUGCUGGCAGAAUACAGUAUGAUUGGAAGCAUCUGUGGAGACAGACUUAAAAAUCCCAC